AAAUUCCCUGCUCUCGCUCUCUGACGGCGUCCUACCUCUCUCUCUCUCUCUCUCUCUCUCUCUCUCUUCCUCGUAGCCUGAUUCCUCGUCGCCAUAUGUCUCUCUCGUCGGAAUCAACCGUUCCUACGGUUAGAAUCGUCACCGUAUCUUACUCAGAGCUUAAGGACAGUAACAUAGAUUUGUCUGCAAAGAUUGAACAAGGAUUCGGACCUAAUGGACUUGGAAUUCUUACGGUUAAAGAUGUUCCAGGGUAUUCUGUUUUACGUCAGAAUCUACUUCGUCUUGCUCCAAAGUUAGCUGGUCUUCCUGAAGAGGUGAAGAGGGAUCUUGAAGAUUCUCAUAGUAGGUACAAUUUUGGUUGGAGUCAUGGCAAGGAGAAGCUUGAAUCUGGGAAGCUUGACAUGUUGAAGGGUUCUUAUUAUGCUAAUCCAUUACAAGAUGUACCCACGAGUGAUUCCUCUGAAAUGCAACGGUAUCCAUGGUAUUGUGGAUCAAACAUAUGGCCAAGUAAUUCUUUACCUGAACUCGAAGGAGCUUUCAAAGCUCUUGGUAAACUGAUGUUCGAAGUUGGGCUGAUGGUAGCAUACCACUGUGAUCUAUAUGUGUCAAAGGGUAUAAAACAACAUGAAAUGCAAAAUCUUGAAAAUAUACUACUUGGCUCUCGGUGUCACAAAGGACGUCUGCUUUAUUAUUUUCCUGCACAGGAUACCACUACGCAGAACAGCGAUUCCAUCUCAUCUUGGUGUGGAUGGCAUACGGACCAUGGUUCACUCACAGGUCUUACUCGUGCAAUAUUUUCAAGAAAUUCAGUGGAAGUACCUUGCCCUGAUCCUGCUUCUGGCUUAUACAUAAGAACACGGUCGGGUCAGGUCGUUAAGGUUGUAUAUGGGGAAGAUGAAAUAGCAUACCAAAUAGGCGAGACAACAGCAAUUCUGUCAAGGGGUUAUCUUUGUGCUACACCUCAUUGUGUACGGGCGCCACAAGGAGAGGAGGCUCGUGGCCUAGAGCGAUCGACAUUUGCAUUGUUCAUGCAACCUGACUGGGAUCAAAAGCUUACAUUCCCAAAGGAAGUGACAAUCCAUGAAGAUGUGCCCCUUUCUAAUGGCGUCUUGACGUUUGGAGAGUAUACAGAGAAGCUGCUCAACAUAUACUACGAUACAAAACCAUAGGAUAGGAACCUUUUAAGUGGCUUUGUAUAUGACGUUUCCAUUGGUGUAAGAUAAAAACAGACAAAUCUCACAAAUUAGUCUUUUAGGUCGUUGGAAGUGGAACUUGAUGUUUGGGUUUAGGCUGAACCAUACAGAAAUUUACAGAAACCACACAAUAAUUGGUUUGCGUUAUGUUGUGUCAUGAACGCAUUUGCUUCCAUGUUUAUACCACUAAAAAUUAAAUUAAAUUUUCUAUUUUAAUGUU